AUGAAGCUCGUCGUCCCUCAUCUAUCAUCGAUCCUCCUCACGUCAACAUUCUGCAUGGUCGCCUCGAGCACGAUCACCAUGUCCACAUCUCACGAUCACUCCGACUCGACGGUCGACUGUUUGACAGAAGGGUGCAACAAAGCGAGAGAGUACUGCGUCGGCACCAUUCACACGUGUCAAGCUGCUGCAAGCGAGACCAAGUGUUACAAUGCCACGGCAGUGAAAUUCCAAGCAGGGUGCGACGCCGGGUUCAAGUGCAUCGACGACUUGUGUCGAGUCGAUGCAGAUCCGAUCGACCACCGAGAGUGCCAUAUCAUCUGUUCUGCCGGCAAGUUCUGUGAAGACGGGACGACGACAUGUCGCGGACCACGCUACAAGGGCGAGUGUUUCGAUCUCGGGACUGGCUCUUUUCAAAGGGGCUGCGACGAGGGAUUCUUUUGCACGUUCAAUAAGUGUGUCGAUGUUAGUCUCGAUGAUUAG